CCUUAUCCAAACAUAUAGCGAUUAGCCCUUCUCGCCUUCCAAUUUUUUUUUUUUUUUAUAAUUACUCGUCUUCCAUUUGAGAGCGUUGAGCCCUCUGUCUUUCUUAUUCCUUUCCGUCAGAAUCAGCCUUCCUGUCUAGACUCUAAAUUGUUAUCUGAAUAUAUAGCUUUUGGAUUCAUUUCGGUUAAAUCUAGCACAUACCCUUCGCAUUUAUUCCCUCUUUCUCUAUUCCCCCCCCCCCCCCCUUCUCUCGCGAAGUUUUCCAUUUGAUAACUUCCUCUCAUUCCAACUUGUAAAUUUUUCGUUCUCUUUCUUCUUUUUCUAUCUAGAAAGUUGAUAUUUUGUUUGAUUUCUUUCAGUUUGUCAUAUACCCGUUUCCUCUCUGCCCUCCUUCUGCUUUCUAUCUCUCGUGGCAAUUAUCGAGUUUACAUUCUUCUUCCUGUCUCCAGAAAAGUUAAGUUUUUGAUAUAUUAUCCCAGAUUUGAUAGCUACCUUUUUCCCUCUAGCCUCUAUUUGGGUGUGAUUUUGAGGAGAAGGUGAUGAUGAUGACAAUGGAGAGGAUGAUGGGAAAGGGGGGACUGGAUGAUAUAAUAAGGAGGCUUCUGGAGGGGAAAGGAGGGAAGCAGGUGCAGCUAUCUGAAGGGGAGAUCCGUCAACUCUGCGUCGACGCCAGACAAAUCUUCCUCUCUCAGCCCAAUCUCCUUGAGAUUCGUGCUCCCGUUCGCAUAUGCGGUGACAUACAUGGACAAUUCCGAGAUCUACUGCGGGUUUUUGAAUAUGGUGGCUACCCUCCUGCUGCAAACUACCUCUUUCUCGGUGAUUAUGUAGAUCGAGGCAAGCAAAGUUUGGAGACAAUAUGUCUGCUUCUAGCCUACAAAAUUAGAUAUCCUGAAAAUUUCUUCCUGUUGAGAGGAAACCAUGAAGACGCAAAGAUCAAUCGGAUUUAUGGAUUUUAUGACGAGUGUAAAAGGAGGUUCAACGUUAGGUUAUGGAAAAUAUUUACCGACUGCUUUAAUUGUUUGCCUGUGGCUGCACUCAUCGAUGGGAAGAUACUUUGUAUGCAUGGAGGACUCUCUCAGGAGUUGCAAAAUUUGGAUCAAAUAAAGGAACUUCCCCGGCCUACUGAUGUACCGGAUAGUGGUCUCCUCUGCGAUCUGCUUUGGUCUGAUCCUGAUCCUAAUGUUGAGGGCUGGGCGGAGAGUGAUCGAGGUGUCUCAUGUACUUUUGGACCUGAUAAGGUUGCCGCGUUUUUGGAUGAGAAUGACCUUGAUCUCAUUUGCCGAGGUCAUCAGGUGGUGGAGGAUGGAUAUGAAUUUUUCGCUAAAAGAAGACUAGUCACAAUAUUUUCAGCUCCAAACUAUGGUGGAGAGUUUGACAAUGUCGGUGCUCUAUUAAGCGUUGAUGAAUCUUUGGUGUGUUCUUUUGAAAUAUUAAAACCACUGGAUAGUAAAGCAUCAGCAAGCGGGUCUAAGUCUAAUACAUCCCGGAUGAAACUUAUAAAGCCCCACUAGGCUGGAAUCAUUUGAUUGUUCAGAGAUUCCUUCUGUCAAAUAGGAGAUACAACUAAAGAAUACAGCAAGCUCAGUUCAUGUUAGGGUUUGAAUUAUUGGUUAAUCGACAGGCUUUGCAAAAGAGAAGCCUUAAUCUUCAUGAUAUUGGAGGUUGCCAAUGAUGAUAUGAUUGAAUUGUAAAUUAUUGUAAGAACUGUAGAUUGAUAACUCUUCCGUGCAGAUGCAGAUAUUUUUGCUUUGAACACUCAUUGUUAUAUACUUAAAAGAGUUUGCACUCAAGUAUGCAAAUGGCAUGCCUGGAUUUUGGUUGAGCA